AUGCAGCCUAAUUUAAGAUUAUUCGAAAUGCUUUGUGAGCUCUAUGAUCGUCAGUCAAAGUUGUUGCAACCAGCAGAAAUGAUCAUCGCGAAACAACGAAAUGUUAUUGAUCGUUUUGUUCAUCUAUUUUCUGUUGGUUUCGCAUUGCCAGUUAUCGAAAGAAUCAACAAAAUGUUUCAGGAAGGACAAAUUGAUGUUUCUCUCGCAAGGUACUUUGCAAUAGAUGUUCUGGAUAUCAUUGAUCCACCUUAUUCGGAACAAUUUGUCGAAACGUUUCAACCAAUAGUGUUAAAUCGAGAAAUUUUUGAUAAGUUAACAAUGUCAAAGGUACCAGCAGCAGUGCAAUUCAUUCAAGACAUCGCAGCUGAAACUGUGGGAGAUAAUAAUGAAGGCAUUGUGGAACAUGAAACUAUAUGUAGCACAAGUGAAGUUUUGUCCGAAAUGGUUAUAUUCGAGACGUGUAAUGUUAGUGGUUGA